AUGCCGAGUGACCAUCAACCCUCUAAAUUAAGAAUAGCCGUGGUCGGCGCGGGACCAGCCGGACUGGGCGCUGCCAUUGAGUUCCAAAAACUACCUUUCGUCGAGCUUCAAAUAUACGAGCAAGCAAAGGAGUUGCGAGAAGUGGGCGCCGGCAUCAGUAUCCAGCGGAAUACAUGGCGCAUGUUGGAUGCGCUCGGCGUGUAUGAUAACAUUGACCCGAGGAAUAUCUUUCGGGCGCCGGAUGGACAUUCGGUGCAGCAUCGAAAUGGUCGGACAGGUGAACUCCGGAUAUCCAACAGACAGGAAGACACGCCUCCACGGCACAAACACGCUCGGGCUUUACGAUCCGUUCUACAACAGGCUCUGUUAAAAGCGGUUGAUCAGUCCAGACUGCGACUGUCCAGUCGACUUACCAAGGUCACUGAGGUAGCGUCCGGACGACUGUCUCUAUCUUUUGAAGACGGGUUUUCCGACGAGGUGGACCUCGUCGUCGGCGCAGAUGGCGUCCGAUCAGUCGUACGCCAACACGCCUUCCCAGACCACCGUAUCAGCUACACCGGAACAACCGCCUACCGUGGUCUCGUGAACGCCCAGGAGAUCCUCAGCAUCGAGGGAUUUCCCGACGCCGUGACAUUCUGGCAUGGUCCGACGCGCUGGCUGUACACUUGCAAUUUGAACAACAAUAUCUACGAAGUCACAGCGCGGACAGAUUUACCGGAGGACGGCAAGACAGUGAGCUGGGGCCAGGAUGCGAAUAUUGACGAUAUUCGGGGUCGAUAUGACGAAUUCUCGCCGGUUGUCAGGGAAGUGUUGAGUAAGGUCAAGGAGGUGAAGAAAUUCGCGCUCUUCGCCGGCCCCCGUUUGUCGAGCGUCAUAUCUGGCGGCGGAAUUGCGUUGAUCGGAGACGCAUCUCAUUCUUUAUCAGGAGCAUUCGGCGCCGGAGCCGGCUUCGCCCUAGAGGAUGUAUACGUGCUCACGCAAGCCGUUAAAUGGGCCUACGAGAGAGACUAUCCUGUGCGUGACGCUCUCGAAAUAUAUGAUCGAGUGAGAUCACCACACUACGAAGCGAUGUACGACAUCUUAGAUAAAUUCGGGCAGUCUAACAAAGCGGUUCGCAAUGCUGCUUCGUUCGACGAGGCCGUGGAGAUCACCAUCGAAAGUAAAUGGGCUGAUCAAUAUGGGUGGUUGUAUCAUUACGAUGUACAAGAUGUUUGGAAGAAGGCCUACGAGGAGGAAGAUGCUCGGCGGGCAAAGAAGAAGGAUGAGGUGUCCUCGCGACUGUAA